AUGUUGGAGAAAUGGUACCGUAAGAAGGACCCGAGCGCCCAGUCGCCCGAGCAGCAGUCCGAGAUGCACGAUGACCGGCCGAAGCUGACACAGGCUUGGGCAAGGUACCAAUCCAGGCUGCAUCGUGUGAUGGGCUAUCCUCUAGGCCUGACAGUGGAGCAGAAAUGUGAGCUGGCUGAGCGGGAGCUGAAGGAGGUGAAGAAUGAGAUUCAGAGGAUGAAGGAGGACUCAGAGCAGACCUUGAAGUACCUUGAGGCAUCCAUAGAAGAAUCAGAUGUGUGGUGGACUGAUACUAAGAAAGCCAUGAGUGACUUUGAGAAAAAAAUCAUCAACACCGCCUCCAGCAAUAAAGGGAGUAUCAUAGCUUCUGAGAAGCUGCUGAGGUACCUGGAGGAGAAGAACCUUCAGCGGGAUCUGCUGAAAGAGAAGUUGCGCUUAAAGAAUAAUGUGCUCAAGCGUUACAAGAAUAAGCUGCAGCGGCAGCUCACGCAGAAGGAGCAGAUAGGAGAGAUACUCUGCAAGAUUCGUGUGCAGCAGCUGCAGAUUAGAGAUGCUCAGUACCUGAAGAAAAUUGAUGAGAAGAAUCAGGAGAUGCUGCAGCUAAAACUGACCUCAGAGAAGACUCUCCAACUCCUCAACUUCUAUGAAAAGAAGCUGCAGGACGCCGUGGAAACGUCCACGUCUCUGAUGAAAGACAUCUCCCAGAAGAAGGAGCUGCUGGAGAAAAUUGGAAGACAAGCUGCUCUGGUGGAGGAGCAACGAGCCAAAGCUGAGAGUGUGAAUCGGCAGCUGCAGAAACAGCUCUCGGAGUACCGCGUGCCCCCUGUGCUGAGUUAUGUGCAGAAGAAGAUGGCUGUUACUGACCUCGAAAACAGCCUCAAGACUUGGGAGAGGAAGGUGGCAGUUGCCAAGAUGUCCUUGCAAAGCUACCGCAGAGCGUGGAACCAGAUCAAGGUGUCUGGUAACCAGCACUAG